UCACAGUAUGAGCUUUCGUGCUUGCCAUAGUUUUAAAGGAAUCGUACUGUCGUAGGGGUGAGGACAUUGUUUCUUAGUAAAGGUCGUCGAGAAACAGCAUAUUCAAGGCAUGGGUCACGAUCAUGGACACGGCAAACUGGAAAUGCCAGACUACAGACAGUGGAAAGUUGACGGCACCCCCCUGGAAGAGACACAGAAGAGGCUUGCUCAGCUGGGGCUGAAAGAUCCUUGGGCUCGAAACGAAGCUUGGAGAUUCAUGGGUGGCUUUGCUAAACCAGUUACCUUCAGAAAUGUCCUCUUCAGAGGCUUCAAGUGGGGCUUUGCAGCAUUUGUGGUUGCGCUCGGAGUGGAGUACGCCUUGUUCCCACCCAAGAAAGGACAUCAUUAAUGAGCUUCAUGACUACCCUGGACAGUACUUGGCAGCGUGGCAGUUAUUUGAUCAUAAGAAAUAAUAAUUUCCACUGAACCUACAGCCAUCAUUUUCACCGUCUGGUAUCACCUUCUGAUGAUAUUUAAUUUGCACUCUUCCUUCUUCUUUUUGUGUUAAACGAUACAGAGAUUGUGGAAGACAAGCUGAGUAGACCUGUGUAAAUGAUGAAUGCUAUUUACUAAAGUAAUAAAUUCUACAAAUUUAAACAUACCACAUCUAAUUUUAUGAUUUACAUGGUAAGUGAAUUCUUAAACAACCUUUGAGAUUUCAUGUUGAAUAUGGUGUAAGACAGGUGCUCGAUUAUUUGUAAGUGUUGUUAAGGGAAGAUCUGUUGCCAAUGAUCUGGAUUCUGGUAUAGUUAGCCAGCUGGUCAAGUUAUUAUUUUCUCAAAUAAAUUAUUAUAUAAAAAGAGGAGUAGCAAACAUUUGAAAGGCUGCACAGGAAGCUAAAAAAAAUAGAAAGAAGUCUAGGAAAACACCCAAUAUUUAAUAUAGAUAAGUACAGGCUGUUACAGGGCUCUGCCAUUACCAGAACAAGGAAAUACUGUUCUACACAAAUGUUGAGACAGUAAUAUAAAAGUAGACAGGCUUUCUUUCCAGAAACAGAUGGUUGUGAAUGUAAGAACAUCGUGUUUGUGAGAAGAGGCAAUUCAAUCCACCUAACUCAUUUGGAUUCUAGAGGCUAAUUGAUCAAGGAUCUCAUCCCACUGUAAAGGGUUUUGACUUCAACAACAUGGCUGGAUAGCUUAUUCUAGAUGCAACCCUUUGUGUCAGAAAGUACAUACUGUUUUCAAUUUAAAGUUUCCCUUGUAUGUGCACAUCCUUGUAGAUUCCAUCUGUGUACUCCUAUUCUUGCUUCACUGUUGAUUAUAAAACCUUAAAAAAU